AUGCAAGUGAAAGUCCCUUUCUGGAUCGGCUUGACGUACAACGACAAUGCAUAUAAAUGGAAUAAUGGAGAACCAAUGCAUGAUAUCGACUUCAAGCAGUGGGCGGCAAAAUACCCUGACUCUCAAAAAGGUGACUGUGUCAAAAUGGUACCCGGAGAAGAGAAAACUGGCCAGUGGUUCAAUGAGUUUUGUGACAAGGACCUUCUAUACAUUUGUCAGAUUGCCUCCUGCAGUACAGAUCAUUAUUGUCCUGAUUUACGAUGA